AGGAUGCUAGUAGUGUCAUCACUGGAACAAUGAGACAGUUCUACAACAAGGCCCUGGAUUCAGUAGGAACAAUCAUCACUAAACUGGCCAAAGAGAUUGGAGUCAACUAUUCAGAGUCAAAUAUGUUUCUUCAAAAAGAGUUUGGCCUUAAAACCGAUAGUCCAAAGGCAUGUUUGAAUUGCAACCAUAUAAAGAGCUCAAUGUCCUGGAUUCAGGUUGAACCCUCCGUGUCUACAGAGGKUGAGACCACCGUCUACACACUUGACUCUUCUGCAGCAGGGCAUUACGAGUGCAUCUUAUCAGGGCUGCGGUGGGUAUGUGAGAGCAAAGUCAGCCUGCGAUACCAGUUCAGCUCCUGGGAGCCUCACAGGGCCACUCUGAACAACAUGCGGUUUGAAGAAGGAGGUCCAUUACUGGACAUCACAAUGAUUUCUGGCAAACUAGAAGAAAUUWAUCUGCCACACUUUGUCUGUAUAGAUCCAGACUACCCACAAUCCUCCUUGAGAGAAGACAUGAAGGUUCUACAUGUGAAAGACAACAGAGUGCUUGUGGAAGAAGUGGAUGAGGUGACGCGGUUCCACGCCAAACUGCUUCAUCCCUCCUUCUCUGGCAGGGGUUUGGUACUGAGACGUGGGUUGCAUUGGAGAGUGCACUGUGACCUUCUGAUCUUCAGGUCCACCAGAGCACUCCUCACCUUACACACAUAUCUGAUCCGAUGUGAUCCUUCUCUAGCACGGGAGGUGGAGGCACAGGAGAAGUCAUAUGGAUUCUUAAGACUUCCAAAGCCAAAGCCGGAGAAGUCCCAUCGGAAGGGGAGUCGCUUCACCCUCAAGACCUCGUGUCAAUCCUCGAUUACGCCAGAAAAGAUCAAGCUGAGAAGCACCAGGCCAAACUACUUUGAAGUGUACAUAAAGGAUGCUGCGAUGGAGUUGAUAAGUGAGAAGGGAGAAUCUUUAUGGAAAGCUGAAAUACGAACAGAUGAAUACAGAGAUGAUUCAUCCACAAGAGACAUUGAGUUUGUUGAUCAAUUCAGACCACAGCUCAUUCAAAGAGUCAAUAAUGUGUCUGCCAUAGCAGAUGUUCUCUUGACAAAGGGCAUGAUUGGUGAAGAGAUCAAUGCAAAUAUCAGCGCUGCACCGACCUGGCAGGACAAUAUGAGAGUGAUAUACGAGGCACUGAAUUCAGGUGGACCACAUGUCAAAGCUGCAUUCUUUACUGCACUCAAAGAAAAGGAACCCUUUCUAGUCAAAGACUUGGAUAAAUAAUACCUUAUCGCUCAAUUCUCAUUCUUAUAGCAAGGGUGGAGGAAAGAGUGAUGAGAACUAUGAAAGAAGAGACUUUUCAGGGUUAGAAUCCCUGAACAAAAAGACCUAAAAUGGUUCUCACAUUUCUAUAUAUUUUUUAAUUGAACCUUUAUUUAAACUAUGCAAGUCAGUUAAGAACAAAUUCUUAUUUUACA